AUGCAGCUCAAGACCCUCCUCCCAGUCCUCGCCGCAGCAACCCCCAUCGCAGCCCUCGGCAAGGCCAUCGUCGUCAACAACUGCAUCGCCGAAGUCUCCGUCUGGUCCGUCGGCGGCUCUGUCCUCGCCGCGGGGCCCCUGGCUCCUAAUGGCGGCUCCUACGCCGAGACCUUUUCCCGGGACCCCGCCACGGGCGGCCGCGCGCUGAAGGUGACGAGCGCGCGCGACGGCCUGUACACGGGCGCGCCGCAGCUUGUGUUCGCGUACAACCUGGAUAACAGCGGCGUAUGGUAUGAUUUGAGCACCGUCUUCGGGGACGGGUUCAAAGGGAGCAAGGUCGUUGUCGCGAGUCGGGAGGCGAGUUGUCCAGCCAUUGUUUGGGAGGGCGGUGUCAGUCCCGGGGGCAGUCAGGUCAAGGUCUGCACGGCGGAUCAGGAUGUUGUCCUGACGCUCUGUGCUUGA